AUGGUUAUUGAAAGUUCAAAUAGGAAUAAACCUUUGAUAAAGAAGUGUGCUAAAAAGAUCAUCCUUGCAGUCAAUAGAUUAUCACUUGAAAGGCUGAACUGGAAAGGUUUGCACCAACCUCAUAUCAGAGAAUACAUAACCAAAUCAGUGAAAGAUGUCAGCGCUGGGAAACUUUUUCUAGCUUAUAAUAUCCCUUGGUGGAGAAAUUCUCCGGUUUACUCCAAAUAUGCUAUAUCAGAUACCCCAUUAAAGCAAACUUCCGAUUUCGGUACAUCAAAAGCUAAUCCAACAAAGUCCAUACUACUACCCAUGUACACCGAUAGUGAAAUGUCAUACUGGAACGAACUAAUUGAAAGGGAACAUGGUAAUAUAAAUAAUAGGGAUGUGGUCUUCUCCGUUGGAAAAGAAAUUGUCAAAGUUACAAACAAAUAUUUGUCUGCCAUAUAUCGACUUCCACUUUCAGACAUACCACCACCAAUAAAUGGAAUUUUUGGUUAUUGGCAGAAUUAUCCAUAUGGUGGGGCGUGGCAGCUAUGGAUGCCGGGAUAUAUAUGGCCGGAAGUUGAAAAACAGAUGACAAAACCGUCAAAGAAUGAUGAUGUGUUUGUAGCUGUAAACGCAUUCAGUUCUCGCUCUUCGUUCUCUAACUCAGCGUUGCAAGUAGUGGAGCUCGUUAUGCCAUAUUUUGGUUUAAAAUGUAGAGAGUAA